AUGAAAGAAAAGUGGGAUUUUAAAACUUUUGAUUGUUUUAAAAACCCAGUAAUGUGCCUUUGGGCAUUUUGUGUGCCAUGCGGAGACUGCUGCAUGCAAUCUUGCAAUGCAAAAAUAACAGAGCCUGAAAAUCCUAAUGCAGGUUUAUAUGGCUUCUUGCUUCCAUGCUGUUUGGGAGUCUGCGGUGCAUCUUUUAAUAGAUACAAACUAAGACACAAAAUGAACAUUGAAGGAGCUCCUAUCAUGGAUUGCGUUUGUCAUUGUUGUUGUUCUCCUUGCUCAGUAAUACAAGAAUGGAUGCAUGUGAUGAAGCAUAAGAGAGGAGAUGAAAAAAUAACUAUAUUGAAUUUAAACACCAAAUAA